AAAAAUAGGUGUAAAGGACAAGAAGCAGCAGAACAGGGCAAGAACCUUGAAGUUAAAAUCAGUAAGGAGCAGCGUACGCAUCGAGGGAUCGAGAAAGGGUACCAGAUGCCGAUGGUCUCGCGGUGUUGAAGCGCGAUACGGCAUUCCAGUGUAGGAAAGCGGCCAAGAUAACGCUGACAGCGGUACAGGAGCUGCACCUCGCAGUAAAACCAGAAUUCCCGUCCAGAAAGAAAUCGCUGUGGAAGUAGCAAACAGUUUCGGGCCCUUUAUCCCUUCUACCUACGGCGCAGCACCUGCUCACUUCCUAAUCGCGACCCGAAACGUCUCCAGUGCCAUGCCCAGAGCACGGCAAUUCUCCCGCGUUCAGUUCCAUGUAGAAGCCCCCCUCGGGCACGGGCAAGCCAUCUUCGUGACCGGAAGCGGGCCUGCCCUGGGCGACAAUGAUGCGCUGAGCGGCGUGGCGCUGUAUACCACCCCUGCGGAGUACCCGCGGUGGAGCUCGGACUGGGUGUCGGUGCCCAACGACACGGACUUGACCUACAAGUACGCCAUCUUCGAAGGGGAGGUAUUCUCCCACUGGGAGCCUGCCGGCACUGGCAAAGACGGCACGCGCACCAUGCACAUCACCAAGGACCAGGUCAUUACCGAUGUGCUCGGGGUGCUCCCCUCCCCCCGCGCCUCUCCACCCCUCCCUCCUGUACCCCUGCCCCGGAGCGCCGCUGCCUUAGCCGCCGCCGCCGCCACGGUAGAGAGAAAAGAGAAAGGGGUGCAAUGGGAAGAAGGGACGGCGAAACAGGUGGAGGAAGACCUGCGUCGGUUUGAUUUCGCGGAGGAAACGCUGGAGGGGGAGGUUGGGGGGGAAGGGGGUGAGCCGCCAUCGAAGGUUGUGAUCAACCGGGAGGACGCCGAGGCGACGGCCUCUUCUUUGGGAGAUGCGCCCAUCGACGUGAAGAGCUUCACGCCGCACACGUCCAUGAAGAGCGUGUCGCUGCGCUUGGGGAGGGAGGAUUCGUUGAAAGGAGGGGGAAGGAAAGGGUCGAGGGACGGUACGGCGUCGCAGGCGGGAGGUGGGGGCGGCGGCGCGGCCGUCGCUUACAAGAGAGGAAGGGGAGGGAGUGCGAGUGCGGCGCAGGCCUUCUUGGACCCCGACGAGGUGUCUAUCUCUCCCUCGGAUGGGGUGGUGGUGGUGAGCUACUUCCUUCCGCUGAUUGUGUCGCGGGCGCCGUCCUUGCCCGAGGGGGAAACGGAAACAGCGUCGAGAAUAAAGAAGCGGUCCGGAGACGCCGGGUUGCCCGGUGUUCGGGUGGACGAGGGCGGGGAAGAGGAAGAGGAGGAGGAGGGGGCCAGGGACUGGAUCAUCGCGUGGGACACCGAAAACUUGCUCUCGCUGCGAACCAGGCUCCGGGUCACGUGGGUGGGGACUGUCCGUCUGCCCGCCGAGAUCGGGGGGAAACUGAACCGUGAGGAACAAGAAAGCUUAGCCCGUGCCCUCCGCAAGUUCGACUGCGUCCCCGUCUUUAUCGACCCGGAGAUCCACGACAAGUUCUACAACACCUUCUGCAAGGGUACGCUUUGGCCGGUCUUCCACCACAUUUUGGACGUGUACGGCUCGCGCCCCACGCGUUUCUGGGACCAGAAAACCCAGGACUCGGUGUGGCACUCCUACUCCCACGUGAACAUGCGGUUCCGGGACAAGGUGGUGGAGGUUUACAACGAGGGAGACCUGAUCUGGAUCCAUGGAUUCCACCUGCUGGUCCUCCCCUCCUUCAUUACCAAGUCCCUGCCCACCGCCAAGACGGGCCUCUUCUUGCACACGCCUUUUCCCUCCUCCGAGAUCUUCCGGACGCUCUCUGUCCGCGAAGACUUGUUGCGCGGGAUGUUGAACGCCGAUCACAUCGGGUUCCACCUGUACGAGUACGCCCGGCACUUCGUCACCUGCGUCCGGCGCAUAUUGGGUGUGACGUACGAUAUGGAAGGGGGGCAAAUGGCUGUGCAUUACAACGGGCGGACCGUGGCGAUCUCCUCCAUCCACGUGGGGGUGGACAGCGCGGCCAUCCGGCACUUGAUGCUCGCAGAGCCAGAGAUGCAGCUGGAGGUGGACAAGCUUAGACAGCAGUUCGCUGGAAGGAAGGUGAUUUUGGGCAUCGACCGGCUGGAGCGGAUUCGUGGCAUUCCCCUAAAGCUCCUGGCUUUUGAGAGGUUUCUGGCUACGCACCCAGAAUGGAAGGGCAAGGUGGUGCUCUUCCAAGUGGGAAUAACGGCCAGCGAACGUGGAGAGGACUACCCCCGGACCAAGCGGGAGGUGCGGCAAAUGGUGACGUCCAUCAAUGCGGCCCAUGCCGACCUGCCCGCCCCGCCCGUGGUCUUCAUCGAGCGAAACGAGCGGCAGAUGCGGCUUCAGGACCGGAUGCCUCUCUUGGCCAUGGCGGACGUAUUCAUCGUCACGAGCCCCCGGGACGGAUUGAACCGAAUGCCCCUCGAGUUUGUGGCGGCGCAGGCGGUAGUGGUGGGAGGGAAGGAGGGGGGUUCUGCGAGCAGCAGUCGCCGCUCGAGCCAAGUGGACUUGACCGCAGAGGGGGCGGCCAAAGGGACAGUAGAAUGCCCGCCGCCAACAGAGGAGGAUACACCCCUCCCGGGGGUCUUGAUCCUGAGCGAGUUCGUGUCGUGCACGCGCGUCCUGCUGGGGGCCAUGUUCGUGAACCCGUGGCAGAUCGAGGGGACCGGCGAGCUGAUGGCGCGGGCCUUGGGCAUGUCGGCGGAGGAGCGACUGGCCCGGCACGCCCGGGACUGGCGCUUUGUCAACUCUCAAACCGUCUUGCAGUGGGCGUACCAGAUCCUGAUGGACGUGAAACGCGUGAAAAAGGACGUGGACCGGUCUUUUUACUCGGGCGUGGGCCUCGGCUUGCACUACCGGGUAUUGGGGAUGGACAAGGGCUUUCACCCCCUCCGCGUUGAGGACGUGGCACGCGCGUACCGGCAGAGCACGCACCGUGUCAUCAUGCUAGACUACGGGGGCACGCUCGUGAGUGGGAGCGAGAAGAAGGAGAACGUUCAGUACUACGCGGUCAGCAACAAGCUGGCCCAUCGUAAGGGUCCAAGCAAGCACCUUCUUUCCAUCUUGCGCGAUCUCUGCAACGAUUUCAAGAACGCCUGCUUUGUGGUCACGGGCAUGGAGCGACAAGCUUUGGAGCAAGGCUUCGGAGAGGUGGAGAAUCUAGGUCUGGGCGCGGAACACGGUUUCUUCUACAAAAUGCCCCACGCCCACCACCCCCCCAACCACUCCCCCACCGUGGGAGGGGGUUGGGAAAUGAUGCUGCCCUCCUUUGACUCCUCUUGGAUGGAGCUGACCCAAGCUAUCAUGGACGUGUACGUGAAGAGGACCCACGGCACCUACAUCGAACAGAAAGGGAGCGCUCUGCUCUGGCAGUACAGGGACGCGGAUCCCGAGUUCGGGCACAUGCAGAGCAAGGAGUUGGAGGAUCACUUGAGCGGCGUCUUGCGGGGGGCGGGCGUGGAAAUCUUGCGCGGGGAAAACAAGGCUUUGCAAGGAGGGUACCUGGAAGUGCGGCCGGAGGGGGUGCACAAGGGCAGUUUCUUGGAAAAAGUCCUGGGGGAGAUGGCUGAGCACGGCAAAGUGGUGGAUUUCCUUUUGGUGGUGGGAGACGAUGCUAGCGAUGAGAGUAUGUUCACCGCCGCCGCAGACUACGCCGCCAAUUUCCCCCCUAACGCGGUCGCGGCCUUCAGCUGUACCGUCGGGAAGAAACCUAGCCAGGCCCGUUCCUUUUUGAAUGACGUGGACGAAGUGCACGAUCUGCUAGGCUCGAUCGCCCGGUGCUCGCGGAUCACACGGCCCACCAGCCGGGGCUUCAUGUCUAGCGUCGACCUACGGCAGCUUGUGAGCGGUUGUGAGUCGAGCGCGGACGCAGAAGAGGAGCCAGGGCGGCCUGUGUUGACCAAGAGUUUGACGACCAGCUCCGUGGGUGUGGCGAGCAUGAAGAAGAAUUUCUCGCUCGGGGACCUGGCUGGCGGCCGCCGAGCGCGAGAAGGGAGGGACCUUACAGGGGAGCAGCCUGCGCCGGAGUUGCUGCAGAGCCCGUCGGCGUCGGCGAUGACGUGGGCCACCUACAUAGAGACGAUCAAGGAGGGCAAUGAGGAUGACGGUGUCUUCUUCUGA